CAUCACAACAAUCGACGCAACAGCAACAGCUUCAUGCAAACCUGCAAAGCACCUCUUCGCAACAUACUUUCUCGCAACAGCCGCACUCUAAAGCCCUCUUCUCUAAGACCACUCGCAACCACACCAACUCGCAAAAUGUCUCUCUUCCAGCGCAACUUUUACUCUCCCGAGGCUUCCUUCACGCCUCUCUUCCGCCUCCUCGAGGAUUUUGACAACUACUCCCGACAAGAUAAUGGCACCGCCCAAGGUCGCCGCACUGGCCUCGCCCACUGGCAGCCCAAGUUUGACGUGCGCGAGACCGACUCUGCCUACGAGCUCCACGGCGAACUGCCCGGCAUGAGCAAAGAAAACGUGAGCAUUGAAUUCACAGACUCUCAGACCCUGCACGUCAAGGGCAAAGUCGAGAGGACCUACACCUCCGGCACUCCUCCCGCCGGUGCCCUAGAGGGCAGCUCCAACGCCGGCACCAUCACCGACGGCAAGGAAGAGUCAAAGGCGGCUUCUCACAAGCCCACCGUCCAAGACGCAAACGAAGACGGCACCCCCAAAGAAGGCGAGGGCCAAGUCGCAACGACCUCUGAGGAGAAGAAACCCGCCGACUCUGCCAAGUACUGGCUCACCGAGCGCAGCGUUGGCCAGUUUUCACGCACCUUCAACUUCCCUUCUCGUGUCGACCAGGAUAACGUCUCGGCCAAUUUCAAGGACGGCAUCCUGAGCAUCACUGUUCCCAAGGCUGCCAAGCACGAGCCGCGACGCAUUGCUGUCAACUAAAUUCACUCAUUAAAAAGCAACGGAUUCUAUCAAACGACAAAAUUUUGAUGUUAUGAUGCAUGGGCUAGGAGUUUUGGAGUCGAAUUGAAGAGCGAUGGAGGUGGAAGAUAAUAGCCACUCAUUUACAGUAUAAUAGCUGUCAUUACAUAUAGUUUUUAAUUAAAAAAACACAUUCGUUAAACC